AUGGAGCGCCAGAACAAAAGAAUGAUGACGCAGGCCAUUCUGCCUCAGACCCAAGAUCCUGAAACCGCUGUUUUAUCCACGAUCGGCAUGCGCAUCAGAAAAGCCGUUGCUGAAGGUUAUUCUGUCCAAACCCCAGCGUCCUACAAACCAGAUUCUGUCCCCGCAUACUCCAUUUCAUUUGAUGUUCCAUCCAACAACCACCCUUCCACGAUGAGAAUACCUUUACCUAACGGAAUGGCGCAACCACCUUCUUUAACUAACGCUGGCUCAACGUUCCAGUCAGGACUGAAUGUCUCUGAAUGGGGCCAGCAAAUGAAUGUCAUUUCUAUCCCACACAUGCCUAGCUCGGGUUCCAAGAGAAGAUUCGACCAAGAUGAAGACGUUACCAUCAAUCAACCUAGCUUGGAGGAGUACAACGCCAGGUACGGCCGUUUGAGUUUCAAUGAAGACUUUUGA